AUGUCGACCCCUCUAUUCUGGUCUACCCCGAUCCGCUACCUGCGCUGGGCCUCCCACGAGAAACCCGCCAUCUUCUAUUCUCUGCUGAUUGGAUCCAUGGGCCCCGUCGCGCUGGUGACUCUGCCUCCGCUCCGCCGGGCUCUCGGCGACGUGGACCCGGAGCCUAUCCCCUUGUCAUAUCCCAUUCCGAAGGGUCCGCGGGUUAUCCCCACGGGAUAUGAAGAUAAAUAA